AGUUUUGGUUUCAGCAAGCCGCAUUAACAGUUUAUUCCUGUCGACCACUGAGCAUGAUCGUGGACGGUUUGAGGGUGCUGGUGCUGAUCGCCCAAGGGAUAAGCACCACUGAGCUUAUCCCUGUGGCUGACAUGUUGCGUCGUGUCAGGAUGGAGGUGGUCAUUGCUGGCAUCGACGGGCCUCAAGCACUGAAGGCGGACUCAAACAUGAAUAUCGUUCCGGACAAUAGCCUGGACGACGCCCUGAAGAGAGGUCCGUUCAACGUCAUUGUCAUACCAGGAAUGGAGCAAAGCGCUUAUUUGGUCAGCCAGAACCAGAAAGCGAAGAAAUUGGUGCAAGAGCAUGUGGCCCAGAAAAAACUCGUGGGUGCACUGGGCGCUGGUUGUUUGACCUUGAUGGAGUUUGGAGUUGGCAAAGGGAAAAGGUUCGCCGCUUCGCCAGGCUUUAUUGAAGUGAUGAUGAGCGAGGACAAGAAAAAAGAGUGGAAAUUCGUUAAGAACGAAACGGUCGUUAUUGACGGUAACUUUAUCACCUCUCAUGGUAUGUGGACUGCCAUGGACUUUGCCUUUGACCUGAUUGAAAAGCUGCGAGGCAAAAAGGAAGCAGACACACUUGCAGACUUUGUUCUCCACAUUCGUCACCGUAAAAAUGCAACUUUAAUCCCAGUAAAAAUGUAGAAAAUCAUUUUUGAUGAUAUUUACAUGUUUGAGUAUUUUAAAUAAACCUUUGGUUAUGAUCUGAUUUAGUAAA